UAGGCUCUUACAGAGUCAGUAGGAGGUUUCUGCUGGGGUCUGGAUUGGAACUACAUAGUCAGAUCAUCCCUGUAUGACUGGACUCUAAAACAGACCAAAGGGGCCCAAAGAGUCUACAUGUCUAAUAUUUAGACAUGUUCAGCUUUGUGGAUUCUCGGUUACUGCUGUUGAUAGCAGCGACUGUACUACUCACCAAAGGUCAAGGCGAAGAAGACAUUCCAUCUGGAAGCUGCAUACAUAACGGACUAACAUACAGCGAAGGAGAAGUGUGGAAACCUGUACCCUGCGAGCUCUGCGUGUGCGACAACGGGAACAUCCUGUGCGAUGAGCUGACCUGCGACGAUGUCUCAGACUGCCCCAAUGCCAAGAUCGCACCCGGAGAAUGCUGUCCUACCUGCCCUGGCGCCGAUGCCUCUCCAAAAGGCACUGGAAUAGAGGGCCCCAAAGGAGAACGCGGCCCCAAAGGAGACAGGGGACCCCCAGGCCAACCUGGUAGAGAUGGCAUUCCCGGACAGCCUGGUCUUCCUGGCCCCCCAGGCCCCCCAGGACCUCCAGGCCUUGGCGGAAACUUCGCACCUCAACUGUCUUACGGCUAUGACGAGAAAUCCGUUGGUGGUGGCCUGUCCAUGCCCGGCCCUAUGGGCCCAGCUGGUCCCCGCGGUCUCCCCGGCCCUCCUGGUUCUCCUGGUCCUCAAGGUUUCCAAGGUCCUCCCGGUGAGCCUGGAGAGGCUGGGGCUUCUGGUCCUAUGGGUCCCCGUGGUCCACCUGGUCCACCUGGCAAGAACGGAGAUGAUGGCGAAGCUGGAAAGCCUGGACGUCCUGGUGAACGUGGUGCUCCCGGCCCCCAGGGUGCCCGUGGUCUGCCCGGAACUGCUGGCCUGCCAGGCAUGAAGGGUCACAGAGGUUUCAGCGGUCUUGAUGGUGCUAAGGGUGAUACCGGUCCAGCUGGCCCCAAGGGUGAGCCUGGUAGCCCUGGUGAGAACGGAGCUCCCGGACAAAUAGGGCCCCGUGGUCUUCCCGGCGAGAGAGGCCGCCCUGGUCCAUCUGGCCCCGCUGGUGCUCGUGGUAACGACGGUGCUCCCGGUGGUGCUGGCCCCCCAGGUCCAACUGGCCCAGCUGGCCCCCCUGGCUUCCCUGGCGCUGUCGGUGCUAAGGGUGAAACUGGUCCCCAAGGCGGUCGUGGUGGUGAAGGCCCACAGGGCGCCCGUGGUGAGCCCGGUGCCCCCGGCCCCGCUGGCGCUGCCGGCCCUGCUGGCAACCCUGGUAGCGAUGGUCAACCUGGUGCCAAAGGUGCAACUGGUUCUCCUGGCAUCGCUGGCGCUCCCGGCUUCCCCGGUGCUCGUGGCCCCUCCGGACCCCAGGGUCCCAGCGGUGCUCCUGGUCCCAAGGGUAACAGCGGCGAACCUGGUGCUCAAGGCAACAAGGGAGAUGCUGGUGCCAAGGGAGAACCUGGUCCUGCUGGUGUCCAAGGCCCCCCUGGUCCAUCUGGUGAAGAAGGCAAGAGAGGAUCCCGUGGUGAGCCCGGCCCUGCUGGUCUGCCCGGCCCUGCUGGCGAACGUGGUGCUCCUGGAAGCCGUGGUUUCCCUGGCUCUGAUGGCAUUUCUGGUCCUAAGGGUCCCGCUGGCGAACGUGGUUCCCCUGGCCCUGCUGGUCCCAAAGGAUCCCCUGGUGAAUCUGGACGUCCUGGCGAGCCUGGUCUGCCUGGCGCCAAGGGUCUGACUGGAAGCCCAGGUAGCCCAGGUCCCGAUGGCAAGACCGGCCCCACUGGUCCCGCUGGUCAAGAUGGUCGCCCCGGACCCGCAGGCCCACCCGGUGCCAGAGGUCAGGCUGGUGUCAUGGGUUUCCCUGGACCUAAAGGUGCUGCUGGCGAGCCCGGCAAACCCGGUGAAAGAGGCAUUCCCGGACCCGCUGGCGCUGUUGGUGCUCCUGGCAAAGAUGGUGAAGCUGGUGCCCAGGGAUCUCCUGGCGCAGCUGGUCCCGCUGGAGAGAGAGGUGAACAAGGACCUUCAGGUGCUCCUGGAUUCCAGGGUCUGCCCGGUCCCGCUGGUCCAGCUGGUGAAUCUGGCAAGCCUGGUGAGCAGGGUGCCCCCGGAGACGUCGGUGCCCCCGGUCCAUCUGGUGCAAGAGGUGAGAGAGGUUUCCCCGGAGAGCGUGGUGUCCAAGGUGCGCCCGGUCCACAGGGCCCACGUGGUGGUAACGGUGCUCCUGGUAACGAUGGUGCUAAGGGUGAUGCUGGCGCUCCUGGCGCUCCCGGAAACCAAGGUCCUCCCGGUCUGCAGGGAAUGCCCGGCGAACGUGGUGCUGCUGGUCUGCCUGGUGCCAGGGGUGACAGAGGUGAUGCAGGUCCCAAGGGUACUGAUGGAUCUCCCGGCAAAGAUGGCCCAAGAGGUCUGACUGGCCCCAUUGGUCCUCCUGGCCCAGCUGGUGCUCCUGGUGACAAGGGUGAAUCUGGUCCCUCCGGCCCCGCUGGUCCCACUGGUGCUCGUGGUGCUCCUGGAGAUCGUGGUGAGCCCGGCCCACCUGGUCCCGCUGGAUUCGCUGGUCCCCCUGGUGCUGACGGCCAGCCUGGUGCUAAAGGUGAAACUGGCGAUGCUGGUGCUAAGGGCGAUGCUGGUCCCGCAGGCCCUGCUGGCCCCACUGGCGCUCCUGGCCCCGCUGGUGCUGUUGGUGCUCCCGGACCCAAAGGUGCUCGCGGUAGUGCUGGACCCCCUGGUGCUACUGGUUUCCCUGGUGCUGCUGGAAGAGUUGGUCCCCCUGGCCCCUCUGGAAACAUCGGUGUCCCUGGCCCACCAGGCCCCAGCGGAAAGGAAGGUGGCAAGGGACCCCGUGGUGAGACUGGCCCCGCUGGCCGCACUGGCGAACCUGGCCCCGCUGGCCCACCCGGACCUUCUGGUGAGAAGGGCUCCCCUGGUGCCGAUGGUGCCCCAGGUGCACCUGGUACUCCAGGCCCACAGGGUAUUUCUGGACAGCGUGGUGUCGUCGGCCUUCCCGGACAGAGAGGCGAGAGAGGUUUCCCUGGUCUCCCUGGUCCAUCUGGCGAACCUGGCAAACAAGGUCCAUCUGGCUCCCCCGGCGAACGUGGUCCUCCUGGCCCAGCAGGACCUCCUGGCUUGGCCGGACCCCCUGGUGAAGCUGGACGUGAGGGCUCUCCCGGUUCUGAAGGUGCUCCUGGUCGUGAUGGAGCUGCUGGUCCCAAGGGUGACCGUGGUGAGACUGGCCCAGCUGGUCCUCCUGGUGCUCCCGGUGCCCCUGGUGCUCCCGGCCCUGUUGGUCCCGCUGGCAAGAAUGGAGAUCGUGGUGAGACUGGCCCUGCUGGUCCCGCUGGCCCCGCUGGCCCUGCUGGUGCUCGUGGUCCUUCUGGCCCACAAGGUCCCCGCGGUGACAAAGGUGAAACUGGUGAACACGGUGACAGAGGCUUGAAGGGUCACAGAGGAUUCUCUGGUCUCCAGGGCCCACCUGGUCCUCCCGGUUCUCCUGGUGAACAAGGUCCUUCUGGAGCUUCCGGUCCCGCUGGUCCAAGAGGUCCCCCUGGCUCUGCUGGUUCCCCUGGCAAAGAUGGUCUGAAUGGUCUCCCUGGCCCCAUUGGCCCACCAGGUCCACGUGGUCGCACUGGUGAUGUCGGUCCCGCUGGUCCCCCCGGACCUCCUGGACCCCCAGGUCCCCCAGGCGCACCCAGCGGCGGUUUCGACUUCAGCUUCCUGCCCCAGCCUCCUCAGGAGAAGGCCCACACCGACAGCCGCUACUACCGGGCUGACGACGCCAACGUGAUGCGUGACCGCGACCUGGAGGUGGACACCACCCUCAAGAGCCUGAGCCUGCAGAUCGAGAACAUCCGCAGCCCCGAGGGCACCAGGAAGAACCCAGCCCGCACCUGCCGCGACCUGAAGAUGUGCCACAAUGACUGGAAGAGCGGCGAGUACUGGAUUGACCCCAACCAAGGCUGCAACCUGGAUGCCAUCAAGGUCUACUGUAACAUGGAGACUGGCGAGACUUGCGUCUACCCAACCCAGGCUAACACUGCCCAGAAGAGCUGGUACGUCAGCAAGAACCCCAAGGAGAAGAAGCACGUCUGGUUCGGCGAGACAAUGAGCGAUGGCUUCCAGUUCGAAUAUGGUGGCGAGGGAUCCAACCCAGCUGACGUUGCCAUCCAACUGACCUUCCUGCGUCUGAUGUCCACUGAGGCUUCCCAGAACAUCACCUACCACUGCAAGAACAGCGUGGCUUACAUGGACCAGGAGACUGGCAACCUGAAGAAGGCUCUGCUCCUCCAGGGCUCCAACGAGAUCGAGAUCAGAGCAGAGGGCAACAGCCGCUUCACCUAUGGAGUCACCGAGGAUGGAUGCACAAGUCACACCGGCACCUGGGGCAAGACAGUCAUCGAAUACAAGACAACGAAAACCUCUCGCCUGCCCGUCAUUGACGUGGCCCCCAUGGACGUUGGCGCGCCAGAUCAGGAAUUCGGAAUUGACAUCGGACCCGUCUGCUUCUUGUAAACCGGAGCUAAAACCCCCCCCGGAAAGAAAAUCAAAAACAGCCAAAAAGGAGACAAUUUCACAUGGACUUGAAUUCGUGUUUUUUUCUAUCCAUCAUCUCUAAAACUAUUUUGUUUCCAUUAAAAAAAAAAAGCAUUAAACCAAAAAAAUAAAAAUAAAUGACUUUUCAAAAAAAUUAAGGAAGUGGGUCCACUUGCUUGACAUGGUUCUAUUUUAUUUUUUUUUUUAAUCCCUGAAGACAGAUUGGGGUUGGUUUGGUUAUAUUUUUUUUAAAGUAAUAUCUUGGGACCACUACUUGCACAAUCGAAACAAAAAUACCAUCCAAAAUCGACCCUACCAAAACACCCAAAUCACAACAACCUGCUCUGAAAAUUCUGCAGCAACAAGAGCGAUGCUAAGCUAGUCCAAAUGGUUUAGAACCUGCUCCCCUGCUCCUACUCCUCUCCCGCCAAUGCAAAAAUCUCUUUUUAUAACCUGGAGUUGGAAAAAAAUUCCAAAAUUAACCUACAGCCGACCUCUCCCUGCUGGUGUCUUUACUAUAUAUAUAUUUUUUAUACCACUGAAAGGAAGGCACUUAAAAUCGUGUGUAAUGUACCGUUUUUUUUCCCCUUUCAUUUGUUCAGUUGGCAAAAGAAAUAAAUAUGAGAAAAACGUCAAAUCCAGGUGUCGUAAUUGUUUGCCUAAGCAAAACCCAGUCGUGUGGAAAACAGCCAAGAUCUGGCAUUUGGUGUGUUGACUUUUAAGCAGAAAGCGGUUUUUGCAGGCCAGCUGGGAGAUAAAAUCCGCUUAGAGAAAAAUCAAACGUUUUGUCGGUGAACAAUGAGGGGGAAAAAUGAUUAAUAAUAAUACCCAAAGCAGAGAAAAUGUAAUGUUCAAACUGUAUAUUAUUGUUGUAUGGAAGGUUACCUCUCAACUGUGUUUUCCGAGUAGUUUUAAGUUGCUUUGGGGUGUUGUUUUUUUAACUGACACCAGGUUGUGGAGAAGGGGGCUCGGCUUUCAGGUUUCAAUCAAAGGUGCUAACUUUGUCUUUUCUUUCUUUUUUUUUUUUUUCUUCGUUCGCUGUGUUAAUGUUUUUUCAGUUCUAGGUCCCUUUUCGGUUUGUUGGUGGUUUAAAACUGCACAGUCCGACACACGGCGAGGCUGCGAUAGGGACCGAUUGGUGCUAUAGAGAUAGGACUGUUGUUUUCAGGAAAGAAACUCAGUUCUUUUGCUGCCCAGGGUCAACUUGUGAAUUUUCUGAAGGUGCUAUUUAAAAACAAACAAAAAAAAAACCCUAAAAACAAGGACAGGAAACUAAUGCAAACUAGAUCCAAGUAGCCUUGGAAGGGAACGAAGGUGUGUGCAAUCCUAUCUUUCCAGUUAAGCAGGUGGAUUCCAUUUCUGCUUCCCCUCCUCCGUUCAUUCUCUUUUCCCAUCCCUCCAUUCCCCUCCUUUAUCCUGCUGCUUCUUCUCUUCCAUGCACACUCCUGUCCCCUCUCGCUCUCCCGCCAUCCUCCGCCGCUGCUGCUGCUUUCUCUCUCUCUUUCCCUUUCCUCGUCCCGUCCUCCUCUUCUGUGCUUCUCUCCACGGGUUUCAAAGCAACCCUGCAGCAAAGCCCCAUUCCUAGCCAGAAGCAGAUGUUCUAGGGAGGGAGAGCAACCGAGGAUUCUGUACCUAUUUUGUAUAUGUAUAAUAAUUUGAGAUGUUUUUAAUUAUUUUGACUGCUGAAAUAAAGCAUGUGAAAUGAUCCAAACAAA